ACGCAAGGCCAGGAGCAAGCGCAAGCGCAAGCGCAAGAGGCAAGAGGAGCCUCGCCAAUAUAGUAUUACUUUUGUUACAGGUCUCGCUGAUGUAGGCCGAAUCAACGGGCGGACCACGUUAGUAAGUGCGCAUGGUAUAUUGCUCGACUCGUCGCAUGUUGGUGAUGGUAUAUCCACACACUUCCGUAAGCGAGGCACCGAUCGAUGAAAGGUCACAAUAUAUCAGCCCCAAAAUUAGCAACUUGGAUCCAAAAUGGCAUUUCUGCUUUCACCACAUCUAAUGGUCAACUUCAUGGGAACCGUAGGCCAUUCUGUGAUGUUGAUUCUGCCUGCUAUGAUCUAGAAGGAGCGGCAGGUUUCGAGUUUGGAGGAAAGGUCGAGCCUUUGCUUCAUCUUCCUCCAGUUAUUUCUCCAAGGAUCGGAUUGAUUCAUCAGCCAUGGUUCUGAUAAGAGAGUUUCGAUUUGUUUUGCCCGUGUCAUUGGAAGAGUAUGAGAUCGCUUGUCUGUACACCAUCCUCAAGAUGGAGCAGCAGAAUACUACAAGUAAAGAAGGGGUGGAGAUAUUGCAGAGCAUUCCAUUUGAAGAUGAACACCUAGGGAAGGGGCAACAUACGUCUAAGGUUUAUCAUCUGGAUAGCAAAAUCCCCCCGUGGCUUAGGACUUUUGCACCAGCUGCCUUGACAUUACAAGAAGAAUCAUGGAGUGCCUUCCCCAAAAGCAAAUCAGUUGUAAAGUGCUCACGGAUCAAACAAUGCUCCAUGACCAUUGAGACCGUUAACAAGGCCGACAAUGGUUGCACUGAGAAUGUUCAUGGAUUAAGCAAAGAAUUGCUAUCACAACGAAAAGUGGAAAUUAUUGAUAUAGCUGCAGUUUCGUGUAACUAUUGGAGUAAGAUCAUUGGUACUGCAAAAUUAGAUUUUUCCAUGUUCAUAUCACAAAAGACUCAGCGUGGACCACUGUCAAAAGGAUGGCAGGAAACAUGCAAUCCAGUAAUGACAUCCUACAAACUAGUGACCAUGGAUGCUCCUAUUUGGGGCAUAGGUGGUCACUUGGAGGAAGCUAUGAUUGCGAGUGAGAAGGCACUACUUUCAGAAUUCCACAAACUUUGUUUUGCUUGGAUUGAUGAGUGGUUUGGGAUGACUAUGGGACAAAUCAUGGAGAUGGAGAAACAAAACAAUUUGCUGCUCCAGAAGACAUUCCAAAAGUCUUUUAGCACAAGCAAGCAAGAUGCCCAAACGAAAAGCAAGCAUGAAACACAGAAAAUUGUUGAUGUUUCAAGCAUUGUACCAGUCUGAAAAAUAUAAUUUCAAGAUCAUGAUGCUGAAAUUGCAAGCUUGGUGGUUCUGGUUGAUAAGAAUUUAGCUGCAGCAAUUGAUGCAUGGGCUUGGAACUGCUGGUUUUAGAAGCUUUAGCCCGACUCAUUUGAAAAUAUAUAUUAACAAUUUGGUUAUCGAAAUUAUUCAUAAACAAACAGCAAUAUUGUAUGAUUCUUUCAAGUUGAUGUAUGAUUCUUUCAAGUUGAUAUCUGCAAUAGUCACCAA